AUGGAAUUACACCAAAAAUUCAAGGAGAAAAACCUGGGUUCUCAUUUUGAAGAUGACGAUAGUUCCCUGAGCUCUGGUUAUGGUUCAGCUUCUCCUGAAAGAGCCCACGACACAUUGGAUUGUUCCUGGUCCAGUGCCUUACCAGAGCUCUUUUCAGCCACAAUUUCACAACAUUCACGCUACGCAUCUGAUCUGAUCCAGGGCCCCAUCUGUGAGCACACAAUUCGACAAGCUCUGAUGAAUCUACGACCUGUGCCACAUCCAAAAGAUUUUUUAGCCAAACGAUAUAUAUCAGUUCUACUAAGUCCAUUUCUACCAUCUUCGCCUGGAACAUUGGCUAAUUCUACCACCAUUGACACUUUAGAAGCCGCGAAAGGACAGAGGAGCAGCAUCCAAGAUCUACCGCCACCUUGUCCAGAGAACAUCCAUGGCUGGCAAAACGGAUCCUAUCUCAAUGGACUAGCAAGACAUGCUGACUGUCUUGAUAUCGAUACUGAUAUGACAGGCCGCUUCAUUAUUAAAUUAAAACAGACUAACAGAAACGAAAAGAAACCAAGACUUCUGUCGAAAUUAAGAUUCUGGAGAAGACAGUCUAACUCUAGUCAGGAUGAAAUCCAUCCAGCUAAAAUAAACAAAGAAAAGAGGAAGUCUGGAAGCUGGAAGAGAUUAUUUUGCUGUUUCUCUUCAAAAACCGAUGAAUAA